AUGAAGCUGCUCUGCAUCCUCACGGUGGUCCUCGCCCUCGCGUCCGUCGAGCCCGCCGUCUCGUCCCCCCGGCGCUACGAAUCCAUCAUCACCUUCGGCGACUCCUUCACCGACACCGGAAAUGCCAUCAUCGUCUUGGCGGAGAAAUCGCGCUUCGACCCUACGGUGCAGCCUCCCUACGGCAUGACGUUCUUCGGCCGCCCCACGGGCCGCUACUCCAACGGCCGCCUCAUCAUCGACUUCAUCGCUGAGAAGCUCGAUCUGCCGUUCGUCCCGCCGUACCUCUCGCACAACGGCAGCUUCAGCGAGGGCGUCAACUUCGCCGUGGCGGGCGCCACCGCUCUCAACGCCAGUUUCUUCAGAGACAUCCCGCUCGUAGGCUCGUUUGUUCUCAACACCAGCUCCAGCGUGCAGCUGGGGUGGUUCGACUCGCUCAAGCCGUCGCUGUGCAGCCCUGCCCAAAAUUGCCCGGGCUUAUUCCACAAGACGCUCUUCUUCAUGGGUGAAAUUGGCCUCAACGACUACAGCUUUGCGGUCUUCGGAAUGACCCUGCCCGAACUAAGAUCCAUGGUCCCAGACGUCGUCAAAACCAUCGCCGCGGCCACUGAGGUGCUACUCGGGCAGGGGGCGAAGACCGUGGUGGUGCCCGGGAUCCCGCCGCUGGGAUGCAUGCCGCCGAAUCUGGUGUUCUUCCCCAGCAACGAGUCGGCAGGCUACGAGCCUAGCACCGGAUGCCUGAAAGGCCUCAACGAGAUCGCCAGGCACCACAACUCGGAGCUGCAGAAGGCCCUCGACAAGGUCCGGGGGAACCACCCGAAUGCCCUGGUCAUCUACGCCGAUUUCUUCACCCCGGUCAUCGAGAUGGUGGAGUCUCCCCACAAAUUUGGGCUUACCACGGACGUUCUGAGCUGUUGCUGCGGUGGAGGUGGCAAGUACAACUUCAACAUCAGCGCUGGCUGUGGCAUGCCAGGCGCUACCGUGUGCGAGGACCCGUCUCAAUAUCUGUACUGGGACGGCCAUUUCACGGAGGCAGCCCACCGCUAUAUUGCCAAAGGCUGGCUAAACAGCAUAAACAGUUGCAAACCCUGGUAG